GAGAGUGGUCCACUUGUUCCCUACAUGUAAGUGCGCAUGGGAAAGAGCCAUAACUUUGUUACUUUCUCAAAGACAACUAAAAUCAGAUUAUUGGGUCACCCCCAAAGAUUUUCUUUAUAUAUUUGUAUGCCUUUUCUCCAAGUCCAAACUAAACAUCACAGAAAUAGCCUCACGCUUGGUCCUUGAGGCCCCAAAAAGCCUUUGCUGACUGAUUUUCAAAGCCUAAGAUGGUAGGUUGUAACUAAACAAUGAUUCGUUUUGCACCCAAUUUUUCAACUUCUUCCUAUAAAUACCUCAGCUUCUUUGUUCCUCCUCCUACAAACUUAAACAUCGAGUAAAUUUGACUCGAUAUCGCCUUUUGUUCCUGUUCUUCCAAUAUAAACUUCUAGACAUAUUAUCUUCCUUGUUUCUAAUGGCCUGUAAUGCCUGUAUAUUAGCUAUUUCAUUUCUAACACUACCCUUCUUUAUUGCUUUGGCAGCUGACCAGAGCCCUAUUCAAGAUUUCUGUGUAGCAGAUACUGGAAGUACAGUGUUACUAAAUGGACUAACCUGCAAGGACCCAAAGCAUGUUGUUGCCGAUGACUUUUCCUUUGGCGGGCUUCACCUUGCAGCUAACACAUCAAAUGCUCUGGGGUGUCAUGUGACUCCAGUUACUCCAUCAGAAAUGCCUGGACUCAACACUCUCGGCAUCUCCAUCAUUAGAAUAGACUAUGCACCACGAGGCAUCAACCCUCUGCACACACACCCUCGAGCUUCUGAGAUAUUGAUCGUCUGGGAAGGCAGCCUAGAAGUAGGAUUCAUCACAUCAUAUCCUGAAAAUCGACAUAUAGGUAAAGUGUUGCAGAAGGGCGAUGUGUUUGUGUUCCCUAUUGGUCUUGUUCACUACCAGAGAAAUCCAGGUCCUACCAAUGCGGUUGCUAUUGCUGCUCUCAGCAGCCAAAAUCCAGGAGUUAUUAUGGUUGCAAAUGCAGUAUUUGGUUCUACUCCAAAUAUUUCAAGUGACAUUCUAGAGAAGUCUUUUCAAAUCAAUAAAAAUGUUAUCGGCUACCUUCAAACUAAGUUCUAGAUCAGAAAUCUAAAACUCAGAAUGACAGAAGAGCUGAUACAUGAUAUUAUGCAGUACAUGCAUUGAAUUUUCCUGAAAGAAAUAUCAUUUUCAGUUCAAGUGAAUCUCCUAUUAGGUUCCCAUAAUAGUAGAAGAAUGUGGAAGUGGUUCAUGAUGUAACA